AUGUUUCAAAUAUACUUCCAGGAACAUGAUGACGAGGGCGAAACUCGUGUUGCUGUACGUCCAGUCCGCAAAACCAAACCUACUGCAGCACUCCUUCAUUCAGCGGAACCGGCAACUCUUUCCUUCCAGAAAAAGGCUGUCAACGACUUUCAUAUUGCUGAAGCUGCACGAUGCACCAAACAAGCAGAAGGUACCGAACUGUCAUCUGUGGCAGGCCCUUCACAGCAACCAACUUCCACCACAUCUAAGACUGCCGCUACACCACCAACUUCACAUGUCCCCAACCAGACGAAAAGAGUUCGUGUUGACUUAGAGGAGAUUUUUGAGGACGAUGAGGACGACGAUGACGUGGAGAUGCGGGAAAGUGCAUAUAUUAAUCCGAAGUCAUCAGCAAAAAAGAAACGCAUUGAGGAAGCGGACAUUGACAAAGAUGUUGACAAAGAUGGUAUCCCCAUCGAUGUUGACGUCCAAUCGAUUGUUGAUGCAUCAUCGACAUGUGAAGGUAGAACGGCUGAUAUUGAACAGUUUUUCGGACCAGCAUUCGAGCAGACAGGAGCAAACGGGAAGGUCAAGAAGCAUCGGAAAUGCAAGAGCUGCGCGUAA